CACUGUUUGUAUGAAUGCGUUGUACUGUGAUUGUCAAGUUCUGAAGCGUGCAACUUUGUUUUGCGGCAAUUUGUAUUAAGGAUGACCACCAAACCUUCAAGCACCAGCAGCAAUGCUAACGUCGACAUCAAUGAUAUCAACCUAGCGGGGCUGAGCAUCAGCGAAGGCAUUCGGGAUUCGCCUGUCUGCAUCAUCGUGCUUGGCAUGGCCGGCUCAGGCAAAACGACUUUCACGCGGAGCCUCAUCGAGCACGCUCAGGCACAGUUUAAUCCGUAUGUAGUAAACUUAGAUCCCGCCUGUCGUGAGGUUCCCUAUGCGGCGCAUAUCGACAUACGUGACACGGUCAACUACAGAGAGGUAAUGAAACAGUAUCAGCUGGGCCCCAACGGCGGAAUUGUCACUGCGCUCAACAUGUUCACCACCAAGAUGCCCAAGUUCGCGGAGCUGGUGCGACGCGCCGGCGAGCGUGGCCACAAAUGGUGCAUCAUCGACACGCCUGGCCAAAUUGAGGUAUUCACCUGGUCGGCAUCUGGAAGCAUCAUCACUGAAGGCCUAGCUACCAUGUUUCCCACGAUCGUUGUCUAUGUCAUGGAUGUUGUGCGUUCCAGUUGCCCUACCACAUUCAUGUCCAACAUGUUGUAUGCGUGCUCCAUACUCUACAAGACGCGACUGCCCUUUCUGAUUGCGCUCAAUAAGAUUGACCUGAAGGAUUGUAGCUUUGUGCAGGAGUGGAUGACCGACUUUGAGGUGUUCCAGGAUGCAUUGGAGGAGGAGCACAGCUAUGUCAACAAUCUGACACGCACCAUGUCGCUUACGCUCGACACAUUUUACGAGAAUCUGAUCACAUGCGGUGUCUCGGCCAAGACGGGCAUCGGCUUUGCAACCCUCAUGACGCACAUACUUGACUGUGUGACCGAAUACAAUCGCGACUACAAGCCGGUGUAUGAGAAGAUGCGCCUACAGCGCAUUGCCGAGCAGGAGACGAAUCCGCAGCCAGUCGACAGCGUUGAUGAGGCCGGCACAGCUGUGCCCAUGGGACUCGAUAUAAGUGAUCCAAAGACCAACUCGGAGAACAGUGUAUAUCUUAUGGCACCGAGCCUAGUGCCGGUGCAAAUGGAUGCCGAUGAGGAGCUGGAAACCGAUGCCAAGAGCAAAGCAGAAGAACAAAACUUUCAAAGUUUCGUUCAGAGUCAUUUGACGGCGCAGCAAAAUAAACGGGACAAACAGCAGCGCGAUCAACAGGCGCAGAAUCCUUGAAAGUGAUAAACUAUAUACGUUAUUAACAAAUAGAUUUAAGCUGAGAGAUAGCAUCGCAGG